ACUUAAAAUUGCCUUUAUUAGUGGAACAGAAACUGUAGGAUUAUCAGUAAGAUUGGUGUGUCGUGUGUUAUAGAGAGAAAGUAACCCUGUAACUAUCUCAAUGGAAGUGUCUUGUUUAUGUAUGUUGGAUUAACUCGUCAGUUCUCGCCAAGAAAACCUGUCAAAUAACUUCUGCUGCUGUAAGGUCUUCAUCUUCAAGGUGUGACCAUUCCAGCCACAAAUUUUACAAAAGCCUGGCAUCUUCAAGCGCUCCAGACCAGGGUGGUUUAUCGCCUCCACCAUUAAAACGCCAGCGUAUCAUAAUGCAAUCACACACAACGGUGUUAAAUGGAUCCCGAUCAGAAAAUAAUGCACCAGUACGAGAAAAGCCCACCACAUCAAAAUUAAGUGGAAAUGCUGCCAACGGUGAUGCUGAGGCCUUAGACGUGCAAAAGAAUCGGCCAAAUCCAAGUCUUUCCGAAACGGACAAAGAAGUUAUACGCCUUGUAGGACAACAUCUAUGCUCACUCGGAUUACAGAAAUCUUCUGAUGUUUUAAUGCAAGAAUCAGGCUGCAAACUAGAGCAUUCAGCUGCUUCGAAAUUUCGUGAGCAGAUUAUGUGUGGGUACUGGGCAAAGGUGGAUACCACGUUAAUUGAAAUGAAGCCGCUACUGAAACAUCAGCGUCAUUUACAGAAAAUGCGCUACCACAUUAUGGAACAAAAAUUCCUUGAGUUGCUUGAAGAUGGCAAACUUUUGGAUGCUCUUUCGUGUCUUAGAAACCAAAUAACACCUCUACGUAUCUAUGUGAACAAAGUUCAUCAACUGUCAAGUUUACUUAUGAUCACAAACCCAAAAGAUUUGCAAAAAGCAGCGAACUGGGAAGGUAAAGGUCACAAAUCAAGAGCAAAGUUGUUGGAGAAGCUGCAAGGUUAUCUUCCCAUAUCAGUGAUGAUGCCACCAAACCGACUUAAAACCCUCCUCACCCAAGCACUUGUCUACCAGCAAAGCAAAUGUGUUUUCCACAAUUCCUCCCAACAACCCGAGUACACAUCCUAUUCACUGCUUGUAGAUCAUUCUUGUCUACAUUGUCGCACUCGUAAUUUUCCAUCCAUAACAACACAAGUUUUAAGCGAUCACUGUGAUGAGGUUUGGUUCUGUUGUUUCUCCCACGAUGGGUCAAUGCUUGCAACAGGGUCAAAGGAUUCCUGUGUUAUAAUAUGGGACGUCAAUCCGGUGACUCGCCAACUUGUCCAUGCCCGCUCAUUAUCCGGCCACACAUAUGGUGUUGGCUAUUUGGUGUGGAGUCCAGAUGACACCCAUAUAAUUGCAUGCGGGACUGAAGAAUCCUCAGAAUUAUGGAUUUGGAAUGCAAAGACUGGUGAACUGCGCACUAAAAUGAACAAUUCUGCCGAAGACAGCCUCAGUUGUUGCUGUUGGACUCCUGAUGGUAAAAAAUAUGUCACUGGUGGAACCAAAGGACAAUUUUAUCAAUGUGACCUUGAUGGUAAUAUCCUUGAUUCAUGGGAAGGGGUGCGUGUACAAAGCCUUGCUUGUCUGCCUGAUAACAAAACAGUUUUAUCUGCUGAUACACAACAAAGAAUACGAGCCUACAACUUUGAAGACAUGUCUGACUAUAAUGUGAUCAAAGAAGAUCACCCCGUGAUGUCGUUCUCAUUAUCCUCUGAUGGUCACCUUGUAUUACUUAAUGUUGCUACACAGGGUGUCCACCUAUGGGAUAUUGAUGACCAAAUACUGGUUCGAAAAUACCAAGGUGUUGUCCAAGGUUUCUACACAAUAUUUUCCUCAUUUGGUGGAGCAGCUGACGAAUAUAUUGCAAGUGGCAGUGAAGACAAUAAAGUGUACAUUUGGCAUCGAUCAAAAGAAUUGCCAAUAGAAACACUAUGUGGCCACAGUAAGACCGUCAACUGUGUCAGUUGGAACAAAGCAAUACCCAGCAUGUUAGCAAGUGUGUCUGAUGAUGGAACAAUUCGAAUAUGGGGUCCUCAAGAAAGCCAAGACGAAGAUUCAGAAAAUGAAGAAAACUUGAACUGUGAUGAAGUUUGACGCUUGCAUACGUUGAUAUAGAAAAUUAAGAUCCAGAGGGUUGGCAGAAUGUUUAACAUUACCAUCAUCAUAAGGCUGAACGAUAGCGGCCAUGCCUUUUGUUUUUGGUCCUUUUUAGUCAGAAGUUGCCUUUUAAAUUUGGGUGGUCCGGUAAAACAGUUUACCAGCUUUUUGCAAAGUCAUGGUUAUCGCUAUGUGGUAGCGAAAUUGCAUCUUUCUAGCUGUGUUAACUUCCUCAAUUUAAAACAGCCGUGAAAUGUUUUUAAUAUAUAUGCCUCAGUUUUUCAAGGCAUCGUUUUAAUAGCAUGAAGUAGUUACCGAUUUCAUUUAUUAACAUGCCGUAUGUUUGCUGCAUGGUUGGUCAAAAUCAAAAACAAAUACCUUGGGGUAUUUAUUGCGAACUUGGGAGUAUUUUUUGCAAACAAUAGUUGGUGUUUUAAUCUGAUAAAAUGCCUAAAGGUUGUAUUACUAUUACUAAUAUAAUUCUAUUAUAAAAUGUUUUUUUUUGCAAUGCAUAGACUACCUUGACAGCCACUAAUUUUCUGAGUGGUCUUACUAUAUAAACAAUCGAAAUCCAUUCAGAUUUCACUAAACAUGUGUAUAUCGGCAGUUUGUUUUAAAUAAAGUACGGCAUGCAA